AGCGCACCCCCUAGAGGCUUCGACGGAGAACGACCAGACUGCUGCCACGUCGUAGAUGCUAACAUUUUUUAUGGUGACACACACCACUAUUAAAAAGCAUGUUGAAAUCGGUGUUCAGAUAGAAAAAUUGUGUUCCACAGUAUCGCUCAUGUACGUCGCCGUUCUCGACAUUACAAUGUAACCUCAGAAGCCGACGGCUAAGAUCACUCCAAACGCAAUAAUGCCCACGUAAAUGCUAGCCAUAUCUGCAGCGACCAAACAAGAGAUCUCAUCUGGCUGCAAAGGAAACCCUAAGUGUGGGCCACGUGCGAGCGACAUCACAUGCUGACAUGCUGCUCUGCGCAUAGAGUGGCCGUGCAGCUAGUUUGUGGGUCCCAGCAGAUGAAAAGCUCACAAGCCAGGUGAUCAUUUGAUGCUGCUUUUAUGGACCCGCCCGGUGAUCUGUGAGUGACACACUACAGCCUAAAGAAUAAACGACCUUGGUGGGGGCGGUGGGAGACGCCGAUGGAGGAGGACCGCCUGGCCUCCCCGCACUUGGAUUUGACUGAUUUGGACCCCUGGCGUCCUCAUGAUCUUCAGCACUUGAACGGAGAGGCGAAGGAUGAAAUAGAGGAGACAAUAUGGCUGAGGCGACCCGUGAGCUGCAGCACUGUCGCAUCUUGCGCACUUCCCUUCGCCACAGUGCAGUGGGAGAUUCCUGACGGCGUGGCGCAGAGGCCAUCUUCCAGAACCGGCCGCGAGUCUGGGGAUGGUAUUUCUUCAUCGCCGCUCGGACCUUUUCAUGGAAAUGAAGCGGAGCGCAAAGAGGAACGAGAUGGCACUGACUCAUCAGUGAACUUGACGGGAAAUGAUUUCAAGCCAUGUGAUGCCGCAGCGGGACAGGAGCCGACGACACAACAAAGGGAACAUUCACCGCAUCGGCUCUUAGGCUCCAGUCAUAACGCCGUCAGCUUUAAGUCUGACUUAGAGGAAGAGGAGGAAGACAGUGUCACGUCCGAUGCGGUUAGUACCACUGCAGAUUUACGCACUGAAGAACCACGGGAGGAGCAGGAGGAGGAGCUGAAGGUGUUGAUGACGCAACGCGCCCAUUCAGCGGGACCACAAACUUCAUUUCAAGGUGCCAAGAUGGCGGAUGAAAGCCAAGUGGGGAGUGCAAGCAACGUGUCUCGUCUCGAUGAAUGCGUCUCCAACAACGUGGAGGCACCUGAACUGCCAAAGCAAACUGACAAUAAUGGACCAUCCUUAGAGGUACUUGCUGAAGGAACCCCAAGUCAAAAAGUUCCAGCAGCUGAUGGUUCAGAGGGAAAACCACAAACGUUCUCACAGGACAACAGGCUGCCCCCGAAACACUGUGACGACUCGGUCCAUCUGGGACAGCCUCAACUUUCCGAAAAAACACACUCUUCAAUCCAGUUUGUGGACUCUGCCGUCAAAGAGAGCGAAGUCGAGACCAAGGCAUCACACCAGAACCAAGCCAAGGACGUCGCCUCUUUGCUACUCAAGGUUUCCUCUCGGGCCCUAAAGUCAAAUGAGUCUCAUGAGGUUGCAAUCGCCCUCAACGGAUCCGGGCCCGUACUUGUGACGAACGUCGAGCCAGGCAGAACCGCAGAGUCGGCAACACCUCACAUGAAUGGAGGCGAUAUGGACCGGGAGAAGGCGUUUCGUCUUGCUGAGCGACUCUUUAAGCUGGAGGGGAUUCAACGCGUCGAUGUGGUCAAGCACUUCGACAAAGACAAUUCCUUCAGCCGUGCUGUUGGGGAGGAGUACCUCAGGUUCUUUGACUUCACCGGGCAAACUCUGGAUCAAGCCCUGAGGUCUUUCCUCAAAGUGGUCAUGCUGCUGGGAGAGACGCAGGAGCGCGAGCGGGUGCUCCAGCAUUUCGCCGACCGUUUCCACCAUUGCAACCCGGACUCUUUCUCCUCACCGGGUGCUGUGCUUGCCAUCACGUGCGCUCUGAUGCUCCUCAACACGGACCUCCAUGGACAGAACGUAGGGAAAGCCAUGUCCUCAUCCAGAUUCGUGUCCAACCUUGAGGGCAUGAACGACGGACAAAACUUCAGCAAGGAUCUGCUGAAAGGUCUUUACAACUCCAUCAAGAGCGAGCCACUGCAAUGGGCCGUUGAUGAGCAGGAGCUGACCUCGGUGUGGAUGGAGGAGGUGGACGCGCCGCUUCGCUCGAAGAGCAACCCCUUCCAGGACGUCCCUCACGACAAGACGGCCCCCGUUGUCAAGCAGGGCUUCAUCCAGAGGAAGCUCCACGCCGAUAUUGACGGGAAGCGCACUCCUUGGGGGAAGAGGCGCUGGAAAACCUUCUAUGGCGUGCUGAAGGGAAUGGUCCUUUACUUACAGAAGGAUCACAGCCGGGGGGAUCAGCAGAGCAACGAGGAGGUGGUUAGCGUCCAUCACUCGCUGGCCGAGCCGGCGGCCGACUACACCAAGAAGCCGUACGUCUUCCGUUUGCAGACUGCCGACUGGAGAGUGUUCCUCUUUCAAGCGUCAUCCAAAAUGGAGAUGACUUCGUGGAUCAGCCGCAUUAACUUGGUGUCGGCGCUUCACUCCUCCCCUCCGUUCCCCGCCGCCGUCGGCUCCCAGCGGAGGUUUUGUCGGCCCAUCCUGCCUGCCUCGCAGUCCGCACACACUCUAGAACGCCAGCUUCAGUCUCACGCCGGAAUGCUGGAGUCCUUCCAGACGGACCUGUCGUACCUCCAACAGAACCCACCGGAGGGCAAGAAGGCUCGAGGCAAGGAAAUGGAGGAGCACCGCACCAGGGCCGAGUACCUGCAGCACGAGAUAUGUCGCUACGAGAGCUACACGCGAGUGCUGGAGGCCUGGAAGGGCAUCGAGAAGACGGGCGACGGCGCUUUUAUCGCUGCCGUCCUCAGCCUGUUCGACAAAGCCAUGUGCGCAUCCCCGGUGGCCGAGGAGGGGGAAGACGACGCGGACGUAGGCCGCCUGACAAAGUCCCAAUCCAGCCCCUCCCUCGACAUUGAAAUGGCGCCGCAGAGUGCCGUCAGAAUCAAACGCAACGUCUCCGAAAGAUGGACUUACCGGAGAGUCGCGCCUCGGUUGAAUAAGGACGCAUGACGGCAAAAUGGAAAGUUUAGUGACAAUUGUCUAUUCCUGGUACAAACCGAAACCCGGCCACUCGUAUCCUUUUGUUUGUUUUUUUACCUCGUGCACUUUGACAAAAAUUUACCUCAGGGAUUCCCAAACGCAAACCUGAUUCAUAUCUUUCGUAACCAAAAAUGUGUGGACCUGAUUGAUUGACUUUGGAUGCUUUGUAGAAAUAGUUGAAAUGGGCCUGCCUGGAUCUCGACCACUAGGUGGUGCUGUUGUUCAAGUGGACGUUCGGAGUUUGUCAUGAUUGCACUUUUGUUUUCCCUCUUUAUUUUCUGUGUUAAAUAAUUGUUGUUUUUAUUAUGGUUUUGUUCAUAUGAAGGGUCCAUUUUAAAAUGUUUUCAAUCUGUCCAGUGCUGGAGAUUUUUUCGUUUGUUUUUAAAUAUGCAUUUUGGUACCAAACAAAUAGUUUUUAUUAUCUCAUGUCAUAAUAUCUGCUUGAAAAGACUCACUUAAAAUGUGUCAAAGACAUACAACGAAGGACUGAUUUUUUUUCCUCAAUAAUUUUUCACCUGAAUUAAAUUGUGUAAUAUCUUCAAAAC